ACUUGUUUUAUUCAGACGGGUUUUCAAAUCCAGCACCAGUUAUUUGAGCGUAUGCAUAUAGUGCUGUAGUAUUUGUGUGUAGCUGUUUCAGGUUCAUUUAUAUGUUUACUGACUUAUUCUUACACAAAACACGUCAGCAAUGUAAAUGGCAGUGGCCAGCAACCGGUAACAAAACAAAAGAAGGAAGAUUGUUGUUUCCAGUCACUAUUGUGUGCAGCGCUGCGCUGCAGAAUACUACGACCACAGGGAGAGGAGUACAUUUUCAUGGAGUUUGUUCAUUGCGAAAACAAUUCGCUGUUUAUUCCAAAUGCUUGCACAGCCCCUCGUUUCUGUGCUAUACUUUUUAAAGAGGGUUUAUUUUAUUAUGGGUGGUUGCUUGUAACAAACAGUCUGCAGAAAAUAAAUGUAAAGCAGCUAAAUGUUGUUUUUUCAAUGUGCAGUAUGCAGAAAGUAUUAAUAGUCAGUUUUAUCAAGCAAGACUCAUUCAAAUCCUCCCAGUAUUACUGUCUAUUUUGUAUUCUUUUUUUAAUUAAAGAGGAAGCACUGAUACAUUGUUUUAGGAAUGAAACAUCACUUGAUUCAGUAUUCCCUUUGUGCGUUCUUUUCCUUUUUCUUUCAUCCUGCAGCAAUCUGGAUCCCCUCACAGAAACCUAUGGGAUCCCUUUUUACUUGCAGUAUCUCGCUCACUGGCCUGAGUACUUUAUAGUAGCAGAGGCACCAGGGGGAGAACUAAUGGGGUACAUAAUGGGUAAAGCUGAAGGGUCAGUGGCUCGUGAAGAAUGGCAUGGGCAUGUCACAGCCCUCUCUGUAGCCCCAGAGUUCAGACGGCUUGGUCUGGCAGCUAAACUGAUGGAACUGCUGGAAGAAAUCUCAGAAAGGAAAGGAGGGUUUUUCGUGGAUCUUUUUGUGCGAGUUUCCAAUCAGGUGGCAGUGAACAUGUAUAAGCAGCUGGGAUACAGCGUGUACAGGACAGUGAUAGAGUACUAUUCUGCCAGCAACGGGGAGCCUGAUGAAGAUGCCUAUGAUAUGAGAAAAGCCCUAUCCAGGGACACAGAGAAGAAGUCAGUUGUACCGCUGCCGCAUCCUGUGAGACCAGAAGACAUUGAAUAACUAUAGGCUAUAGUUCCCAGGCAGUCCAGAUCAAUAAGUAGCGAUUAAAACACAGCCAAUCACGUUCAGUUGAUCUACCAAAGAAUGUGAUACACUUUUUAUGAGGUAAAGUUCAGAGAAGGCUAACUCUGUGUACUGCACUUUGUAGAAUGCUCAACUCAAAAUCACAGAUCUGAUUUGUGCCACCUGGUUCUAUACUGGCUGCUGUUCUUACACUCAGUAUGCUUAGUACAGUGUUGCAGUAGCUUUAUAUUAUGUCUAAAAGGUUAGAACAAUAUAGACCAGCACACUGUGAACUGCUUUAGCUCCAAGACUACAUCCAUCCUUUGGUUUCAGAUACUGUCUUUGAGAACCACAGUUUUACUGUUAGGCUAUUUAUUGUGCUUUUGUACAAAGAUUUCAAAUAUGCAUUUUUAAUUGUCAUAUGUAAAUUAGGUUUCAAUAAGAUAGUCAGUUUUGUGAUACAUGACAGGAGACUCAUGUUUUUUUUGGCAAAAUAACAGAAAUAGGCAAUAAUACCAGCACUAUUAAACUGGAAUAGUUUGCUAGAUUCAAUUGGAUGAACACCGAUAAAAUAAAAAUAAAUAAAGAAUAUGUUUUCUAAGAGGUAUCAAAAAAAGCAAUUCAACUUAGGCACUAUAGGCUACAGGUACUGAUAUGUAUAGUUUUCCCACAAGAAAUUCUCUGCCAACAAUGACAUUUUCAGAAAUGAAAAUACACACAUUUCCCACUGCCAAUCUAUUUACCUACCCAGUCCUCCCCUUUCCAGUGAUUAGCCAUGCAUUAGCACACCAGUCAUUAUAAAACAACUAUAUUGUGUGCAUAUGUGUGUUUGUGUGAGAGAGAAAAAGAAUGUGUGGUAUGGAUUUUACUACAUAACUCUUCACCCAGAUACAAUCAGUUGCAAAAAACCUGCAAGUUUAUUACUCAGCUGUGAAUGAAGUUGAGUACCAGCUAGUAUGGUACUAUCUACAGAUCACCUCCAGCACUUGGUACCAAUUAAAACGAACAGACUGAUCCCCAAUUUUAGUACCGACCUCAGUUACCUAAAGUCUGCCUUGUGUAUGGGACAAGGCAGUGAAUGACAGGAGUGCUGCAUUCUCAUACUAGGCAUUUGUUAUAUUUUUCUUCAUUUUAUACCUGUUGAGAUUAUAAAUAUACUUCAUGUGAAAAUUAGAGAUGUGUUUUACAGUACAUUUUCAAAUAAACCAUUUGAAAAGAUGGUAUCAAGUUACCCUUUUAGCACUGAAAAAAAUGAUACAUAAACUGAAUUUCUAUAGCACUCAUUGCAAAGAUAUUCAGUACCUAAAGUUCAGAAGAACAGUUAUCAGAAAAUUUAGAUUAAUGCUCCUAACUAUAGUCUAAACACUUAUCUAAUUGUAUAACUUUCUUUAGUAACUAGUCAGUUAAAUCCAACAGAUGAGCAUUUUGCAAAAACAUAAGUUAUAAGUGUAAAUUAUUUAUUUUGUAUUUAUUUAUUUUAAAGAGUACAAUGGAUGGAAUUUGAAUUAAUGUCUAUGCAUUUGAUUCAGAAUGAUGUAAAUGUCACCGAUAGGCAGGAAACAGUCAAUAAAGCACUAUGGCAACAGCAUUCAAGCCUUCAAAGAAGCGCAAGCAGGAGAAAAUGUCUUUCAAAUAAGAGAUAAUGAAAUACCAAGUCAUUAAAGAAGGCAAAACAAUUUAUUUUCAGUCUACAA